AGGGUACACAACAGUAUGGAAUCACCCAAAGAAGCUCGACCACCGCCUCCUUCCUGGAUCAAUCAAAAAUUCAUAGAAUCUGUAAUGAUAAAUAAAGUUGGAAAACAAGUUUCUGUAGAUUCAGUUAAAGUACAGUACGCUUGUCCAGAAGGAGUUGGCUAUACAAGUUUGCUGUUCAGAGUAACUUUCCUUCUGAAGGGGGAAGACAACGAAGAAGAGGAGAAAAAGGAAUCACUACUAGUCAAAACUGUUCUUGAUUUUGGUCCGAUGAAGGAACUGAUGGAAAAUUGUCAGGUGUUCAGAACAGAGACGCAGAUGCUGCAUGAGGUGCUGCCGCAGACCCACAAAAUCUUGGCGUCGUUGGAGGGCGAGGACUUUCAGCCGCUGACAGCUAGCUGCUACGACGGGGGUCAGCAGCCGGCAGACUUCCUUGUGCUGGAGGACCUGUCAACAGCCGGCUUCAGGAUGGCUGAGGGGGGACGGCCUCUGGACUACCAGCACUGCAAGAUGGUCCUCCGAGCAUACGCCAGAUUACAUGCCGCCUCGGCGUUUCUACUCGACAAACAGCCCCAUUACAAGAGCGUGUUCGCUAGCAGUACGUUCACAGACAAGCGUACUCAGAACUAUUUCAGAUCAAUAGGAUCUAAGAUCAUGUCUGCACUGGCAGAUGAAGUGAACAAGUGUCCAGGGUAUGAAAAGUAUUCUGGAAAAUGCCGGGGAUUUAUAGACCGAUAUGCUGACAGUAUAUUCCAAUUAUUUGAGCGAAUGAAGGAGGAGACCAAGCUACCCGUGCUGGUCCAUGGUGACUGCUGGAAGAACAACGUGAUGUUUAAGUACGUGGAGGGAGCACUGUCAGAUGUCAGACUUGUUGACUUUGUGUCUUACGUGACCAGCCCGGCCUCGGACCUGCAGUACUUCUUGUACGCGAACACCAGUGAGGAGGUCCACCGCCACCACAUGGAUGACCUUCUGUGCGAGUACCACAACACGCUGUCGGGCAUCCUACGGUGCCUGGGUAUGCAGCAGGAAGCUGAGGUCUUCACUUUAGAGGAGCUGAAACGGGACAUGGACCGCUGUCUAGUUAUGGGAUUUCUCUUCAGCUGCAUGAGCGGCUUUGCUCUGACUUCCGAAAAGUACGGUGUGGAAUACGUGAAGGCAUUCAACGACCCAGAGCACGCCGACGAAGCUCUCGCAAAGAUCUUCAAGAAUCCUUAUUCGUUAUCCUACAUGAAAUACCUGAUGCCAGUUUUUGACAGUAAAGGAACUUUAUGACAAUUUGUAGCACGUAUAGCUAUUAAGAUUCAAAUAAUCU